AUGUGUUCCGAGACCAGCAACAUCACUGAGAGAUACACUCUGAUUGAAGAACUGAAAACCUGGACUGAAGCUCAGCAGUACUGUAGAGAACACCACACCGACCUCGUCAGUAUAAAGAGUGCCAGUGAAAAUGAAGAAAUAGUGAAGAAAGCGCAGGGCAAGACCUUCUGGAUAGGCCUGUUCAAUGAGCCCUGGAAGUGGUCACACCAGGGGGAUAACUACACAUUUCACAGCUGGGGCAGUCAGGACCCAAACAAUUGGGCAGACACUGAGAGCUGUGUGAUCAUGACUAAGAGCUGUUACUGGUAUGAUAUUUCCUGCAACACGCUGUACCCUUUCUUCUGCUGUGAAGGUGGCUCCUCUGGUCAGUGUUUCUAUGACGCAACUGAGAAGACAUGGCAGGAUGCUCAGAGCUACUGCAGAAGCCAAGGCAGAGACCAGCCCAGUGUACAAGACCAGGCCAGGGCUAAUGAGCUUAUAGGUCUUAUACCGUGGUAUAUGAAGUGGAAUUUCUGGAUUGGUCUGUAUCAUGACAAAGAGAACUGGCAGUGGUCCAAUGGAGAUGACAUCAUCUACUUCAACUGGAGAAUAGACCUCUUCUGCGCCUCAGUCAAUUCUGAUGGAGAGUGGGGGGAUUCAGUCUGCAGUGAGCAGAAAGCUUUCAUGUGCUACAGUGAGACCAGCAUCAUCACUGAGAGAUACACCCUGAUUGAAGAACUGAAAACCUGGACUGAAGCUCAGCAGUACUGUAGAGAACACCACACCGACCUCGUCAGUAUAAAGAGUCCCAUUGAAAAUGAAGAAAUAGUGAAGAAAGCGCAGGGCAAGACCUUCUGGAUAGGUCUGUUCAAUGAGCCCUGGAAGUGGUCACACCAGGGGGAUAACUACACAUUUCAGAACUGGAAACCUGGGGACCCAAACAAUGAUGGAGGCAAUCAGAAAUGUGUAAACAUGCUCAAUAGUGGUAAAUGGAUUGACUAUGACUGCAACUCUCAGUUGCCUUUCUUCUGCUAUGAUGAUGCAAUCUCCUCAGAACCUCCUUCAACACUGCUCUCUGAAGCUCCAACCCCUUCAGACCCUCCUUCAACACCGCUCUCUGAAGAUCCAACCCCUUCAGACCCUCCUUCAACACUGCUCUCUGAAGGUAGGGAGUGUAAUCAGUUCAGUUUGAUUGAAAGCCCACAGCAGAAAUGA